UGCAUUUGGCCAACAGGCUGAGAACCUCAACAGCCCUUUCGACCCGGGAAUCGGCCAUUUCGACCAAAUUUGGCACCGACCCACAUUCUACAGCUCUCUGGGAGGGAACAUAAGUCGUAAAGCGCAGUGGCUGCCUCUUUCUUUCCCCUCCCGCUCCCGUUCCGAAGGAGGGAAACUAGACCUCUAACCGCAGAUGGGUAGGCACCGAUCGUCCCCUUGUUAACUUCCGCGACGGCAAGACUCGUGAGCAUAGUGGCCGCAAGGGCCUUGCAGUUGGGUGCCCCACCUUGCAAAGCAGAAACGACACGCCCAAUUGCUCCUUCAGCAACCAGGCCCACCUUGUUAUCGUCAUCCAAACUGACGUUCAACAGAAGCGAAAGCGUGGAUUCUCUGAUAUUGGGAUCAAGGCAGCCACUGCGCUUCGGAGCUUCAUAGGAAGAGGAACAAUGUCCAGGCUGCCUGAAAUAUUUCGAAGCAUGCAUACAUUUGUGCAGACUCCUCGACUAACCAGAUUCUCUCUCCAACCCCCCAAGACUGUAGAAGUGGAAUUUUGUGAUGGGAAAGUGUUCAACCUGUCAGCAGAGUUUCUUCGAAUAUAUAGCCCAGCUGCCAACAACAAGAUCAGGUCAGCAGGAGGUGAAAGGGUUAUACAUGGGCGACGUUAUGUGGGGAUUAUGUCUGCAGAACCUGUGGGGAACUAUGGAGUAAGAAUAAUCUUUGAUGACUUGCAUGACACUGGAAUCUAUACAUGGGAUUACUUCUAUCAUCUUGGGAGCAACAAAUUUACCCUCAUGAGGAAUUAUGUCAAGACCCUGAAGAAGCAUGGUCUUAGCCGGGAUCCCCAGAGAAAAUAACGCAUAAGAUCCUUUGGUCUUUCUAGCAAAUCCUUUGAAGUGGCAUUAUGUGCAUGAACUUAACAUCAGCAUUGAAGCAUGAAGGGAUUUCAACUUCUACCAAAUGCAGGUCAUUUUGGGUUUAUGGAAAACACAGGUUCUUUCCUAUCCAAAUUGUAUACAGGUUUUCUGUAUUAAAAGUUCUGCACAUGAUGUAUUUUGCCUUACGCUUGGAAAAGAGAUAUAACUAUAGCUCCAAACAUACUCGUUAAAGGGCCAUUGUCCAGUAUUGAUCUCUGCUAGCUUGGGUCUUGGGAAGGGGGACUGGAUAUGGACUUAUAUUUGGCAUUUUCUUGCCUAAGAUGCUACUCGGACUUGAACCCCCUGUUUUUGCUUUUAAUUCAUUUACCAUAGCAUCAAAUAAUGGCCGCCUUAGGGUUAAUUUGGUAAUACUUGCUGGAAUGUUUUAAAAUUCAACCUGGAAACUAACAUUGUUCUUGUGUUCUUGUGUUCCUGGAGAGAGAAAGAGAGAAUUCUUGUAAUUUGGUAUGACUUCUAACUCCAUAAUCCUAAAGUUUAGGAUUUUUUUCUUCA